AUGGCUGAAAUUCAAGUGGUGCCUCCUAAUUCAGCUGUUACUUUUGAUUAUAGGAUCAAAAGAGUUCGAUUGUGUGUUGAUGAAUCUAAUAAAGUCAUUAGCACUCCAAGCAUUGGCUAA